AUGUCUUUCAAGCUUUCAGAGGGCGACAUCGAAGCGGCCGUCGUAAAAGUCUCAGAGCAAACGAUUAAGGAUAUCAAGGAGGCUCAAGCCAACCAAAGGUUGCCGGAGUUAAUCAUGUUACUAUGUGUACACCGUACACCUCCUAUAAAUGGGAAGAUCCCUAAUGCCACCAUGGCUACAACGCAUCUAGUGGGUGCUAAUGAGAUAUUUAUUCUAGGGGGCGCUCAAGCAAUCGCUGGGAUGGCAGUGGGCACUGAGUCGAUUCGCAAAGUAGACUCUAUUGCCGAAGUCCCUGCUACCCACCUCCUUUCACAAGCUGAACAUGGUCCCGAUUCUCCCGCAGUGCUCAUCACGACGUCUGAAGAUUCUGCAAAGCAGGUGAUGACAUUAAUUGAUAGAUUUCUAGAGACGCUUUCUACUGCUGCAAUAGCAAGCACAGCAUGGCGGUCGUUUAGAGAAGUCGUGAUUGUGGAUAGUAUCGAUGAGGCAUAUGCCCUUGGUGACGAAUAUGCUUUCGACCAUGUCCAGAUCCUCACUUAA